GUGCAUUAAUUGGAAUUAUGCUUUGGCUCUUCAAAAACAGCCUAGCCUAUGAUGUCUGAUAAUGAUAGUGUUAUAGUGAAGGACUCUCCUGGUACCUCUGUAGAUGAGAGUUGGAUCCAUCUCGGAGGCGAGCCUCAGGCCAAGGAGGAUAUUGGGCAAUGGUACCGCAGUAUCCAGUCCAGGCUCAAGGACAUUCCCAGCUCUUCCACCGACUACCAAACCUUACUCAACACCAUACAACAGCUGCAGGAUAUUUUUGAUGCUGUUCACACUAAGAAAUCGGACCCUGCAGUUAAUCAAUUAAAACUGUCUUUCUCAUUUGACGAUCUUUAUCGAUCUCUCUCCAUCAAGCAAGACACUUCGUUUAAAGAGAUAAUAUCUAUCCACAAGGAAAAGCUGGAGGACAUUCAGCAGACUCUUGAAGAUGUUGAGCAGACUUUGGGACAAAAGGUGGACAAAGACUGGAGCUAUCCUGACACACAGACGCUGCUCGACUCUGUGAAGGAUGUACGUAAAACGAUAGCGUCAUGUGACGCUGGACUUCAGACUAUAUUGGAUGCCCCCCGACCAACAAGACAAGCAUCUUUUGUCCAAAAGCAAGUACAACAGAUAGAGCAAGACUCAAUCAGCCCGAAGUCACAGGCGUACAGAGAGAGUGAGAGCAUAUGCAACUCAGCAACUACACAGUUGCUUUUCUGUCAGGACUUAGAGAGACGACUGGAGAAUAAGAUAGAAGAACUGGACAUGUUCCAAAAGGAGAAAAGAGAGAAUUACUUGAAAGAACUGAGCGAUGUGGAACAUUGGCUGACUGGGUUCUACUCUCUCCUCUGUCAAGAGCCAGUUAGGGAUGUUGAGGGAGGGGGUUAUGCAAGUGGGCAGCAAGUCAUAUUUGAUGACCAAGACCCGAAUUUUGGCUAUGACUCGAGUGAAGACCUUCUCUUAUCAGACAGUGGUAGCAGUGUAGGAGCGGAACAUGACCACGUUGCCCUGGAAACCUCGGUGGAUGCUGAUCUAGGGGAUGAUGAAUACAUGGAACAAAUCACACAGCGAGUGUUCAGUCCAGUGGAUGGGCCUCAACUGCAGGGAGAGACAGACUUGGAUGAGAUGGUGGCCAUUGGACCUCCAUUUGAACAAGAAACUGAUCUGGAUGAAAAGCUAACCUCGCCAAAACAGUUUAUACAUGUACAGCAACAUAUACAGCAGAGAAGCACUGACUUAGAUGCUGUGACUGGGAUUGGUGUGGAGGGUAGUGAUGUUGACAGUGACACAGUAGUCGGAGCUGAGAGCACAGGCUCUGGCAGUACAGUCCAAGCUAUAGGGGUAAGGAAAGAUCAAGUUAGAGAACCUCAAGGGCUUCCUGAAUCUGUCAGUGUUGGGGACGAUGUUAGUGAAGAAGAAGGUAGUUCUAGCAGGGAAGAGGGCAGUGGAUCGUAUGAAAACGAGAGUGAUAGCAGUGGGUGGAGUGAGAGUGUAGAGCUACUAUCAAUGAUCCAUGACGCCACCCUCGACCAGCACCUACCUCAUGAAAUCACGACACUCACACCCGAGAACAUCACCAUACUUCUGCAGGCACUAAUGACUGCACAGGAUGAGCUCCCAAUGCAAGAGGCAGGAAUUCGUGAUGCUCUCUCUAAGGUGGCUUUGAUACUGAGCAGCAGUGGACAAGAGGAAGAACUGCUGAGGAGGGUGGGCUGGGUAGAGACGGUGUGGGACCUAGCCGCAGAGUCACUGACUGCUAGAUUAUCACAGCUACAGUUUGAGAAUCAACAACGGACUGUAAGAGCCAGCAUUUUGGAAGUCAAGCAAGAGCUGGAAGCCCAGCCCAAUCUUCUGCUGACGGCGGAGGAGGUAUCUGUCAGUAUGAAUGCUCUGUUGGACUACUUUGAGAAUGGAAUCUUUGAGAAGAAGAAAAAUGAGCAAUUGGCAGAGAUGCAGGAUCUACUGACAAAGUUAGUAGAGGUGUGGCCAAAGGGAGCAACGUCUAGAGUCUGUGGUCAAGUUGUGGAGAGGCUAACUCAAGCGUAUGAAACUAUCAAGGAGAGAGUAACUCAACAAAAGGCCUUCCUAGUGGAAUGUCUAUCACUGUGGACUACCUUCCAGAGUGGGUGUGGUCAAUUGAGUGACUGGUUAGAUCAUGUUGAGGAACUAGUUGCUAAGGAAACGUAUGGUUAUGACAUCAAAGAGACAGAAGAAUGCUACCAAACGAUCACGGCACUAAAGAAGCAGCUGCCAUCGUAUGAGAGCCAGUUCACAGAGCUGUUUGAGCAUGGUGAUAUAAUGAUGCAGAAGAUGGUGGAGGGCGGGGAGGCUGCUCAAUCGAUAGACCAGAAACUCUCUUCCUUUGAACAGCGCUUCUCUGACCUGGUCACACAAAACACUGGUGCUAUCGAUACGCUGGAGUCAGCUGUCAAGAAGGUGCUGAUAGACUGGAAGGCGUUCACUGGAAUGUAUGGGGGGACCCAGUCCUUCAUUAGCCAGAUGACCAAAAUGGUAGGAACUGAGCCAUUAGAGUCAUCCAAUGGAGACAACACCAUCCUUACCACAUACAUGACUUACCAAGAGCAGCUCACUAAUAUGGAGGUCCAGUACAACCGUCUGGUUGCCACAGGGGAGAGCCUGUUGUCUAAUAAGAAAAUAGGCAACAGGGACGGGAUAAGGAGUGAUUUAUCUCGACUCCAGGUGCUGUGGCACCCUCUCAGAGACAACGUCAGUGACAGCUUUAAACUUCUCGUCAGUGAGUACAAUGACUGGAUAAUGAUGAAGCUGCAGAAGAUGUCUGGGAUGGUGAGGCAGGCAGAGGAACUGGUCUCACAGAAGGUCAUCUUUGUGGAGGGCUUCCCUCUCGCCAAGCUGUUUGAUAACAACGCUGCUGAGCUGCUCAAGGAGGCUGACAUUCUCGUGGCCAGUCAGGAGGAGCUUGACCAACUUGAGAACGAUUGCACUGACAUUGAAGAGGACCUCUUACAGAGACAGGUGCAACAAGAGACCAGUCCAGGCAUGCGGAAGUCUGCCUCCUCUCUAGAGCUCCCUGCUACUAUUUUGGAGAAACAGAGACUGCAGGAGAACAGGCUCAAGCUGCAGACCACCUCAGAUGCACUACAGCCCAUCAUCAAUGUAUUUUAUUUGCAAUUGCAAUUGUUGCAGAGCAUGCAAGACGGGAGAAGUAUAGUUUCAAAGGCGAUGGAGUUGGUGGGGGGACAGGAAGAGCUUGAAGAAGUUCUGGCAGACCUUGAGCUGAAAUUGUCUGGUGAUUUCUUUGAGGGUCUUAGUGCUGAGGCAUAUGACCUUGGGGCAGUGGCUGAGGAUUGUGAACAUACCAUGGAUGACAUUGGGGAGCAGGAGGAGUUCACACUGCCUCCAUAUCAGGAGAUUUCCCGAGUGAACCGAUUGCUGGCAGAUGAAGUGGAAACACUGAGCUCUAAUACUGAGAGAGCCAGGAUGAGACUUACCCUCUUCAUACAGUGGUGGGCUGAGUAUUAUGAUAACUAUGACGACCUGAGUCGAUGGUUGGAGGGGGCGGAGACUCGACUGCAGCAGCUAGUGGCCAGAGCCGAGAGCACACAACCACCUCUCGUCUCACCUGCUGAGCUGUUGAUUGAUGUUCAGGAGCUCCAGUCUGAGUGUAAAGAGAAGCAGGUGCUGCUGAAUGCCCUCACUUCCACCAGUAGGAACAUUAUUGAUGAGAUAACGACCAGGGGAUCGCCUCCCGGGGAGAUCACUGACCAAGCCACCGAUAUACAGCAGCGGUUCAAGACUCUGUGUGAAGGCGUGGAGAUGCGUGUGGGUGUGUUGACAGAGGGGGCCAGCCUGUUUGACUCGUUUAUAAAUCUUCUGACUGAUUUUGCCAACUGGUUGAACGAGUUUCAUAGCACACUCUAUGAUGAAGUGUGCGUACGCAUUCAGGCCAAGGCUUCGGAUGAGAUUAUAAGUCGACACAAGAACAGAUUGGAGGGGUACCUGCAGAAGGUAUCGGCUCACACUCUUGAGUAUGAGAGCUUGAUGGCCAACAGUGACAAAUGGGGGGAUCACCUGAUCCCCGAUGAGAGUGGUGGUAACCUUCCCUCUCCCUCAGAACCUUCACCACCUCCAUUCUCAGUUGACGAUGAUUUUGCUUCCCAAGUGCCACUGCCCUAUGUUAAGAAGCGUUUAGGCUCUAUAUCCAAAAAGUGGUCCAAGAUCCAGGAGCUCAUUGUAGAGAGGGAGCAUCAAUUGGAGAUCAAUGGAGGUUCUAUUCAGACAUUCUUUGAGUCGUUGCAAGCCAUGACUGACUGGAUCGAGGGGAAGCUAAAACUUGAGAUACUAGCCUCUCCUCCACCAGCAAAUCUAACUGCACUCAAGGAACAUCUACAGCUACUGAAGGACUUGGAAACUGAGAUGGAGGGCCAGGUGGUGAUGAUUGAGUCACUGACCCAGGCAGUGGCCGCCCUCAAACAAACGUUAUCUGGUCCCAAUGUGGUGGUGGUGGAAAGAAAGAUGUCUGAAAUGAACCAGUUGUGGACGAGGCUGGAGGAAGACAAAGACAAGAGGGAGAAAGUGUGUCAGGCUCUGAUGCCCCGUAUCAAGUCAUUCUGGGUGUCUUGUGAUGGUCUAGAGGAGUGGGUAGCACAGCGAGAGACCACCUUCACUGAGUGUGGACCCAUUGGGGCCAACCUCACUAGACUUAAGGAACAGGGGGAGAUCCUCCAGACUCUGGAUGAUGAGCUGCUGGAGAAAAAGAGGGAGCCCGAGGAUGUAGUUAGUGAGUCAACCAACCUCCUCAAAGAGUGUCAGGACAACUCUGGAGCUGAUAUAUUGACUAAGUCCAAAGAUAUGGAUGCCCGAUUUUCCACCCUCUCUCAAGAAUCUGUGGAAAGACUAGAGCUUUGUGAAGAAGCAUUGUCAGCUUGUCAGGACUUUCAAAAGAAAGUGGACAGUUUUGUACAGUGGCUAGAAAUUAUUGAGAAGAGCCUGACUGACAUGAAGGAUGUCAAGAAGCCGAUUGGAACGAUACAGCUGCAAUUGGAUGAAUUUUAUGAUUUCAUGCGUGAUGUAGAGACCCAUACAGAAGACUACCUGUCGCUGUGCCCUGAGGCCAAGCGGCUGUCAGACCAGUACAAGCCAAGUGAUGUCCUGGAUGAGAUGAUGGUGGGACUAGGCAACAGGUGGACUCAGUGUGUAGAAGCUCUCACUAAAAGGUGCGAUGAUCUGCUUGAACUGAUAGCACUGUGGAACAAGUACGAGUCAGAAGUCAAAGGUCUCUUGGACUGGAUCACGGAUGAAGCUAACAAAUUCUCCAAACAGGUUACUACUAAGGGAGACGAAGGAGUGGAGGACUAUAUACAGGCUUGCAAGGAGUUCACCGAUACAAUGUCUAACAAGAAGGAGGGUAUUACUGAGAUCCAGAAAUUAGCAGACAAACUCAGGAAGGAGGAUGGGGUCAAGAAGAAUGGAACCAGUGAUGUUGACUCAAGGUGGAAUGAUGUCAACCAGCAUUGGGGCUCACUGGUUAAGUUGCUCAGUGAGACCAUGCUCCACCUGGAGUCCACCCAUGCUGAAAUGCGUCAUGUGAUCCGAAUCAGGAGGGAGGAGUUUGGUUGGCUGGAGACCUGUGAAUUAGCAGCUGCUGACAAAGUUCGGACUGAGGGGGAUGUGGCAGUAAUUGAGCAGGAGAUUGAAACGCACAAGCAACUGUUGACUGAAAUCCAAAAUCACCAGAAAGAGUGUGAAUUCAUAAAAAGAACCAUAACCUUCCUUGUUGAGCAUUCACGUAAAGAAAACCGCGAACCUCUCAAAGCUGAAGCAGAAGAUUUCUGUGCACGCUAUCAAUUACUACUCUCAUCUGAGGACACAUACAUCAGUCAUCUCCAAGAGUCUAUUCCAUACUGGGAAGAAUUCAAGAAACAGUCACAUGAACUUUCUGAGUGGAUCGAUUGGGCAAAUGAAGAGUUGGUAUCUGAUCGAGUCGUGUCAGGCAAUGCGUCAGUCACUAAUACCAGCCUUGACAAUGCCCAGAAUCUUCUUCAAGACACUCGCUCCAAGAAAGCUCCCCUCAACGCCGCUGUACACGUUGGAGAUGACCUUAAUGAACUCGUAGUGUCUGCAGACCAGCAAUACAUAGCUGACACACUAGAGUGUCUGAAGGACGGGCAAGAGUCUGUGAAUGUCAAGACAGAGAACCUUGUUACAAUGUUGGAUGAUAGACUCAGGAGUUGGCAGGUGUUCCCAGUGGAAGAGGCUCGUGUGGUGCAGGAGUUCCUGGAAGAUGUCAGCAAUGCCAUCGAGGAGGACUUAGAUGAGGAAGAGCUCUCCUCAGAACAGCUCAUGGACAAGAUAGAACAGCUGGAGUCACUACAAGAGGCACAGCAGAGCAAUGAGCAGAAGGUGUUUGCUAUUGAGCAAUCAGCGGGGAGUGAUGCCAUAAAGAAAGCACUCGAGAAGAAUCCUGAUAUCUCCAAGGAGAGAAACAACCUUCUGCAAGGCUGGUCUUGUGUGUCUUCCACCCUGAGAGAUAAGAUCACUACCAUAAAGCAGAAGGCGUCCAUGGUCAAGGAGGUGGAGUCUCUCUGCAGAAGCUGUGAGGAUCAAAUCAAAGACUAUCAGAGCCAUCUUGAUGCGCCCCUCCUCCCUUCCGUACUGCUGGAAAGUAUUCAUGCUGACACCAGAGAAAGAGCUGACCGGCUCCACAACAGUUGCCAAUCAUUGCUAACCUCUCUUAACAAAGCUCUUCAUAAGUAUGACUCCUCCAACAACCAGUUUCUCACCGUGCCUGUCUAUCUUAGAGACAAAGCUUCAUCUUGCAGUGAUCAAUUCACUCGACUCUCUGCCAGAGCUGAAGAGUGGGGUAGUCGAAUCGAUGACAUCAUUUCCUCAUGGACUACAUUCAAAGAGUACCUUGGGACCCUCUUGAGCUGGUGCAACGAAUCUUUGUCUGAAGUUUCUACCCUGAGUACUGUGCAAAACUUCGCCACAGAUUUUUCAUCAUUGGAGUUCCGUCUACAAACCCUUUCUGAAGACAUUCAAGAUAGAGCUGAUAAGUUUGAUUAUCUGGUUGAGAAUAGUUCCAGACACUGCACUGGAGACAAUCCGAUGGUCAAGAAGGUUGGAGAGGAGUACACCAGCCUGGCGAAGUCAUGGCGAGCAAUUACUGACAGGGUGAAGUCACUGACAGACAUUAUUAAGCCUUGGAAAGAGCUAACUGAUCUUUAUGAAAAACUUUGCAAUUCGUACGAGAGGCUAAAAGGGAUGGUGGAGCGUGCUCUGACUAUCGUUGAAGAACGAGACGGAGGGAAUCUGUCGGAUAUAAUUCAUCAGCUCAUGGAGAACCACAGUAUCCUUGUCGGGUUAGCCCCUCAGUUUCAAAAGCUUCACCAGCUCGAUGACAAACUGCUUACCGAUAAAAUUUGCAGCAAGUCCAAACCAGCUAAAAAGCUGAAGAAAGUUUGUCAGCAGGUCGAGAAUGAUGUGGAGGAGCUUCAACAGAGAGUGCAAAGGAAAUUGACUGAUCUUAAAGAGCAAGAGAAGCAAUGGAAAGUGCUAGCCACCAACAGCAUAGAGAGACUGCCAGUGCUAGAACAACAGUUAGCGCACAGUGAGAGAUCAGCAAGAGAAGAGAGGGAAGUUCUGUUUGCGCAAAAAGAAGAAGCUGAAAAUGAAAACUGCCGUAAAGAAGAACGCAUCAGACAACUUGAGAAGUACCAACAUUUAAUUGUUUCACCUAAGUCUACAUGGCACAUGUAUCUUAGAUGUUUCUCUUGGAAGUGGCUCCUCCUUGUUUUGUUUUUGGUGUUGCUACUUGCUAUUGGGUUUGUUUUGUUGGGCUACAACCGGGAGGGUAAACCAAAGGUAUUUGUUAUGUAACUACUCCACACCUAUCAACUGUUCUUAACUUUGCCACAGCUAGACAUCAUUUACUUAUUAGAUAUUCUCAUUUAUCUCUUUUCUUUACAUACUAUCAACAAUUGUUCACAUUAUUUUCAAGUGUAUAAAUUCACCCUUUGUUUCUGUUACUCCAUGGUAUUCGACUUCUGUACGGUAGUUCUUCCUGCAAUUUCUGUACUACUGUUUACAGGCCGUAUAAUUGUUAAAAUGGAACUUUAAAA